AUGACCGUCUCUAGCAGUGACCUCCUCAUCAGCUUUGAUGUUGAGUCAUUGUUCACGAGUGUACCAGUUAAGGAUGCUUGCGCUAUCAUCUUUGAGAGAUUGAAAUUUGACAGAACUCUCCCUGACAGGAUGGUUCUCCAGUCAGCAACCCACAAACCCAAAGUGUGGCUUAGAUAUGUGGACGACACUUUUGUGGUUUGGCAACAUGGAGCUGAGGAAACUAGCACUUUCUUACAGCACCUAAACUCUCAACACGAGUGUAUCAAGUUCACCAUGGAAAUGGAGAAUGAGGGCUCUAUCCCCUUUCUUGAAACAAAGAUUACGAGGACGGCACAGGGAUCCCUAUCCCAUCAGGUUUAUUGCAAACCUACUCACACUGAUCGGUUCUUAAACUAUUGUUCAUUUCACCACCCAUCAGUGCUGAGAUUCUUUAACAAGACGUUGGUCAAACGAGCCCAUGAGGUUAGUGACCAGAUCCACCUGAGAGGUGAGCUUGAGCAUAUCAAACGUGUUUUGAAAUGUAGCAACGACCCCUCACAUAAGAUCUGCACUGAACUUCCCCCGUCGCGGAACCCUCAUAUAGGACAGCCCAAGGCGAGAGUCGUUCUUCCCUAUCUGGGAGCAGCCUCUCACAAGAAUUAG